CGCGGAACUCGCCGGGGACGUCGGGCGCCGACUCCCUGGCUCGCUCGCUCGCUCGGUCGGGUUCCCUGCGCUCUUCCCGGGACUGCCUGGAGGACCCGGGCCCGACUGGGCGCCGCGGCCAGCGGAGUCCUUGGGCGGGAGGCGCGCGCUCUGGGCAGCGCCCGGCCCUGGGCAUGGACAGAGGGAGCUGGGCGCGCAGGGGGCGCCGCGGGACCGGGCGGCCGGAGCGCUGAGCCAGACAAAGGCUCCCGAGUCGCGCUUGCUCCCGGGAGCCCGGCCCGGGCGGUGGGCGCCGAGGCUGCGGGACUCGGAGGCAGGGAGCUCCGCCCGGCCCCUCUCCACCGGCCCGCACCGCGCACCCGGACCUGCCCUGCCCGCUUCCCCUCGGCCUUGGGAAUUUGCCGAGGGGACCUUAGCGGCUCUGGCUGGGACCCGAAGCCGAAGGUCCGCCGUGCGCCCGCCGGGCGGGGAUCCAGGGAGCGACGCAAGUUUCCGAGCCGCACUCGGGGACCGGGUGCCAGCCAGCGAGCGAGCCCAGUGUGCAGCGAUCAGGACCAGACCGGGAGGCGAAGGCAUGGGCAGUGACCGGAGCGCACCAGGACGGCCGGGCAGCCUCCUCGGCGGCCGGGAGGCGGCGGCGCGGCCCGGACUGCUGCUGCUACUGGUGCUUCUGGGCUACAUGGGCCGUGGCGCAGCGGCGGAGGACGCAGAAGUCCAUGCCGAGAACUGGCUGCGGCUCUAUGGCUACCUGCCCCAGCCCAAUCGCCACAUGUCGACCAUGCGCUCUGCCCAGAUCCUGGCCUCAGCCCUGGCGGAGAUGCAGCGCUUCUAUGGGAUCCCUGUCACGGGUGUACUCGAUGAAGAGACCAAGGCGUGGAUGAAACGGCCUCGCUGUGGGGUGCCAGACCAGUUUGGGGUGCGCGUGAAAGCGAAUCUGCGGCGGCGGCGGAAACGUUACGCCCUAACUGGGAGGAAGUGGAACAACCACCACCUGACGUUCAGCAUCCAGAACUACACAGAGAAGCUGGGCUGGUACCACUCCAUGGAGGCAGUGCGCAGGGCCUUCCGUGUGUGGGAGCAGGCCACGCCCCUGGUCUUCCAGGAGGUUCCAUAUGACGACAUCAGGCUGCGCCGGCAGAAGGAGGCGGACAUCAUGGUUCUCUUUGCCUCUGGCUUCCAUGGUGACAGCUCACCAUUUGAUGGCACGGGUGGCUUUCUGGCACAUGCCUACUUCCCUGGCCCUGGCCUGGGUGGUGAUACCCAUUUUGACGCAGAUGAGCCCUGGACCUUCUCCAGCACUGACCUGCAUGGGAACAGCCUUUUCCUGGUGGCAGUGCAUGAACUGGGCCACGCGCUGGGGCUGGAGCACUCCAGCAACCCCAGCGCCAUCAUGGCACCCUUCUACCAGUGGAUGGACAUCGACAACUUCCAGCUGCCUGAGGACGACCUCCGGGGCAUCCAGCAGCUCUAUGGUACCCCGGAUGGUCAGCCACAGCCCACACGGCCUCUCCCCACCAUGACACCCCGGCGGCCAGGCCGGCCAGAUCACCGGCCCCCUCGGCCCCCCCAGCCACCACCACCAGGUGGGAAGCCGGAGAGACCCCCAAAACCAGGCCCUCCAGCCCAGCCCCGAACCACAGAGCGGCCUGACCAGUAUGGCCCCAACAUCUGUGACGGCAACUUUGACACAGUGGCUGUGCUUCGAGGAGAGAUGUUCGUGUUCAAGGGCCGCUGGUUCUGGCGAGUCCGGCACAACCGUGUCCUGGACAACUAUCCUAUGCCCAUCGGCCACUUCUGGCGUGGUCUGCCUGGUGACAUCAGUGCUGCCUAUGAGCGCCAGGACGGUCGUUUUGUCUUUUUCAAAGGUGACCGCUACUGGCUCUUCCGAGAAGCAAACCUGGAACCUGGCUACCCACAGCCGCUGACCAGCUACGGCCUGGGCAUUCCCUAUGACCGCAUUGACACGGCCAUCUGGUGGGAGCCCACAGGCCAUACCUUCUUCUUCCAGGAGGACAGGUACUGGCGCUUCAACGAGGAUACGCAACAUGGAGAUCCCGGCUAUCCCAAGCCCAUCAGUGUCUGGCAGGGGAUCCCUGCCUCCCCCAAAGGGGCCUUCCUGAGCAAUGAUGCAGCCUACACCUACUUCUACAAGGGCACCAAGUACUGGAAAUUUGACAACGAGCGCCUGCGGAUGGAGCCUGGAUACCCGAAGUCCAUCCUGCGGGACUUCAUGGGCUGCCAGGAGCAUGUGGAACCCGGACCCCGAUGGCCCGACGUGGCCCGUCCACCCUUCAACCCUGAUGGGGGUGCAGAGCCUGGGGUGGAUGGUGACAGCACAGAGGGCGACGUGGACGAUGGGGCAGGGGCCGAUGGAGACAAGGACAGGGAUGGGGGCAGCCGCGUGGUGGUGCAGAUGGAGGAGGUGGCACGGACGGUGAACGUGGUAAUGGUGCUGGUGCCCCUGCUGCUGCUGCUCUGUGUCCUGGGCGUUGCCUACGCUCUCGUGCAGAUGCAGCGCAAGGGUGCGCCCCGCAUGCUGCUGUACUGCAAGCGCUCCCUGCAGGAGUGGGUCUGACCUGUGCCUCCUGCUCCGAGCAUGUGGUGCUCGAGGGCUGGGCAGUGCCUGUGGUUCCCAGGUGGCUCCUGGAGCACCCCAGCAAGGGCCUUUGGGGACUCAGGUCUGGGUGGGGGCCCCUCCCGGCCAGCAUACAUCCCUUGAGAGUCCUUUCUCGUUUACUUAAGCCCAGGUAUCUUUUUUCUUUUUGGCACCUUAAUUCAGCAUUUGUUCCGGCUUUUCCUGACUAGGGCAGGGUGCUUAAAUUUUCUUAAUGCAGUUCUGUUCCAGACAGGAAAUCAGGCCCCCAUCCACCUGUGGCUCAUCCAUAGCCAGAAGAACAAGGGACAGACAGAGGCCCACCUCUGGACAGUGACACAAGGGCUGUGAGCAUCUUUCGGCCUUGGUCCCUCCUCAGCCUGAGCCCCAGGGCCGUCACCAGGGCACUGUGGUUGCCCUGAAGGAGUCUAGCUGGAUCCCCCGCCUCCUGAGUCUGUCUGCCUUAGGAAGAGCUUGUUACCCAAGGGCAGCCCCUUUUCAGGGAGUGGGACACAUUGAGCCUUGGUUUCUUCCCAGCCCACCUCGACAGCAGUUCUGCUCCCUGUGCCUGAGAACCCCACUCCAUCUGACCAGCGGGCAGCUCCCGCCUACCCCUCAGCCUAUGCCUCCCUCUCUGGGAAGGGGCCUGGGCCUUCCCGACCAAGGACCAAAGGGAGCUUGCUAAUGCCCUCCCCAGACACUAGCACUGGUAUCAGCUCUGCCCAGACUUUCCUUCUCUCAGCUGUGACCCACCUGCUCCUUCUCUGGGCCUCCUCCCAUCCCCCACCCCUACACCACUGUCCUCAGAGGUCUUGGAGCUGGCUCAGCCUCAGGCUUCUGCUGCGACUGUCCUGGCCCUUGGGGAGGAAAGGGGCUGGUGGGUGCCUAGACUGGUUUCCACUGAUGUGCCACACACAUGAGGCUUGGGCGGGCCACCUCCUCUCCAGCUCCCUAAUCUCCCAGGAGACUGGUGGGGACAGGCCAGCAGUUCAUCCCCCCAUGCAGACUGUGGAAGCCCUAAGGGAGCCCACUAUGCCCUAGGAGACCCCUCUUCCUGGGCUCCACCUGAGGGUGGGCAGGGAUACUCCUUUCUCUUUUCUUUCCCGAGUCAGCAGGAGGCUGAGGCUGCUGUGGGAAAUGGUACUGUACAGCCGGCUCCAUCCCCGCUGCUUCCCUGCAAUCCUGAGCUAGUGGGGUGUGUCACCCAGGAUCCCCAAGGCCCCUGGGGCAGGAGAUUCUCCCUGCCCCUCAUCAGUUGGCACUCAGUGUGGGUCCAGCGGCUCCCCCAAGUCGCCACUUGUGCAGAACUGGAGAGCCAGCAAGGAGUGGGGGUGGGGGUCUGGUGUCCACCCCCAUCUGUUUAUUUCUGUAAAUAAUCUGCACUGAUUAAAUGUACAGCCGGCAA